AUUGUACUUUUUCAAAUUAACUUCUUCUUUUCAGCGAAAAAAUGUCUGUAAACGUUCGCCCGGUGAAGCGAUUUGUUGAAGAACAGAAAAAGAAAAAUCCGGAAAUUAAAUUAUCUGAAAAAGCCACACAACUCCUGACUGAUAUGCCGAAAAUGGACAGCCCUGAGAAACUGUUCAAUCUGGAAGACAAAAUUGCAACGGAAAUGGGUAGCGAUCGAAUUUUCGAAGAAUUUCUCCAAGAUUACGCAUUUUUGAGAAAUGCUGUUGAAGAAUACUUGGAUGGAAAGCCAACAUCCUCGGAUACUAUCUCGAAAAUCGCGCGUUUACGCCGAAAUACACGACUUACCCACUAUGGAACUGCCCUAAUGCGAAAAGAGGUGGCCGAGAGGAUGGAGAACGUUGAUGCGAAGCUUCUACAGUUACAGAAUGUUACUAGCGAGGUGCAACACAUUCAAAAAGAAAUCGAUCGUUGUUUGGACUUUAGCGCCGGUGAUGAGGAGCUUGAGUUGGUCCCUUUCGAGCAAUUUCACACUGAAGCGUCGGAGAUUCUUGCAAAUGAGACGGCUGAUAACGAGCACGAACAAUAUUUGGCAAGAUUGAAGUUCGAGAAUGAGCAGAGACGAGAACUUCUCUCUACACUCAACGAGCUCGAGGGUCGUCGAAACGUACUGCAAAGCGACAUACGUGGAAAAGAAGUUCGUCUUCAAGGUCUUAAACCAAAACUUGAAGAUCUCACAAAAGUUGCGGAGCCCGUCUUCGAAAUGGUUGGCGCCAAAUUCAAAGAUUUAUCGAUUGAAGGGGAGCAGCGAAAGCUCUCAUUGCAAUUGCCGGCUCCACUUGCUGUUGCACAUAUACAUGCUGCUGCUUAUAAGGAAAUUCAUGAUGACAAGCUCUUCGAAUUCCGAAUUCUUGGCACAAACGACACAGAAAAACAAUCGAAAGAUGAAACAGAAGCCAUGAAAAGAAAACGAAAAGAAGAUGAAACAACUCAAGAAAAAAUUAAUAAAAUGGCUUCAGAACUGCUUGAAGUUCAUCCAAUGAGCCUGGAAUUUGAGAUUGAAUGCUCUGAAAAUAUUAAAAUUUCAAUGCAAAUUCAGUAUCUGACAGAACUUAAAGUGACAACUGCGAAAUGGCAUAUAAAUACGGACUCAAAGCUCAAAAAAUCACCGUUUUUCUCGAUUGACUCACUGAUGUCAGAUUUAUUCGAAAAUGAUACGGGAGACAAGUGUCCAAAUGAUGUUGGAGAAAUGAAGAUUGAACAUUUGAAUUACAGAAUGAACUUCAACUCAAGUGCAAAACAAAUCGGAAAACCGUUCAAAUUUAUUCAAGAAAUCAGUGGAUCCGAAGGCGAAACUGAUCGAAUUGGAGCAACAGAGCAUUUGAGAAAAGUGAUCACAACGAUUAGAACGAGAAUAUCCAAUCGUGCAGUACUUGAUGGAAUUAUUCGAGAUUUGGAAUCUAAGAAAACUGACGAUUUGAAUUUGGAACCAGAAGUGAAAAUUAAUUCCUUCAAGAUUUGUGAUGAUGAAUCUUUUAUUGCUUCAAUUCCAACAAGCCUUACGAAGAAAAUUUCAAAUUCCGCAGCAACCGACAGAUUUUCAUAUAAAAUUGAGGCUUCCGAUGGAAAUGGCAGAAAACUCACUGCUUAUAUCUCAAUUCCCGCCGACUAUCCACGACACACUGCACUUUUUGGAAUUGCUGCUCCAGAAGAUUCCGAAUCAAGUACAGAAGUUGCCAGACAAAUUGAGGAUCGUCUGAACACUGAAGCUCACUAUGUUGAUGAUGUGAAGAGUAUUAAAGAACAACUUAGCCUGCUUCUUAAGCAUAUCGAUCUUUCCUGAUUUUUUUCCAUUUUUCGUGUGAUCUCUUAAAUAUCGUUUUUUUUUCUAAAAAUGUUUUCUCAAUAUAUCUUUGAUUUUUUCAAAAUUUCUACCCGAUUUUUCAAUAUGUACCAUUGGUUUUAUUCCCAAUAUAUUUUUUUGAAAAAUGUUGAUUAAAAAUAGAAUAUUUGGCUCUUUCUUUCCAGCUCCAUACUUCAAAAAUGGGAGGAGUCACCUCAAAAGUCAAUGUUGAUGUUGUACAGGAACAGGUACAUUUUUUAGAGAAAAACAAAAAAAUCUUCUGAAAACAGAUUGUGAAUUCCUAAAAAUAAUAAUUCAGAAAAAUAAACUUCAAUUUAAUGUAUUUUUUAAAUAAAUGUUUGAAUUAUUAAA